UUGUUAUUUAUAUCUUUGCUGCUUAAAAUUUGAAUUUUACCUCAAAGAUGGAUGUGCUGAGUGUGAUUCCUGGAUUUGUGGCGACGUUUUUAUUUUUCAUCGUUUCAGUUCUUCCCGUGGACGCUGGAUAUUCCUGUGCUACCUACACUCCGUAUUACUUCAGAGAGUAUUGUUAUGGCGGACAGACUCACUGCUGUGGCUACUACUACACCUACCGAUAUUGCUGCGGUUAUUCACUUUCUGGUGGCGCUAUAGCAGGGGUGGUGAUCGGCAUUGUGAUUGGGAUAGCAGUUUUGAUUGCUCUAAUCGUUGUUUGCUGUAAUAUCAUGAACAAAAACAGAGGCACGGCGGGACGGGUUGUUUACCCUAACAACGGCACAAAUAACGUCACUGUUAUGAGCUCAUCACAUCAGAGUCCUUAUACAGGUUAUACUGGUGGUCCUAUUCAACCUCCUGGAUACUCCCAAUCUACAUACCCAGCCUAUACAGCAGGACCAGGACCGGCCUAUCCCCCCGCAGCUCCGUCACAGUACCCACCUCCACCCCCUCCAUCUUACACCCAGCCAGACACCAACUCUUAUCCACAAAAGUAUUGAUUCUAAACUAAAGCAAUGCUGUAGAUACAUUCUUGUCUGUGAUAUACUGCAACGGAGGUUAACGUUGCUGUCAAAAAUUUUUGCUUAUAUUUCGUUGUAUUUUGCUUUGUAUAUCGGAUACGAAUCGUUCUUUCUUUGUGUAUUUGGAUAUAAUUUGACUUUUUUUGUUUUCAUAUUUGUAAGAAUAAAGAUAAUACAAUGUCAAGGCCA